CACUUCCCCCAUUAUUAAACACUAUGUUCAAAAGGCGCCGGGGGACUUCCCGGAGCCACGGAGCCCGCGCCGCCCGGCCGCCCGGCCCUCGGAGCCCAUGGACCUGAGCGCCGCCGCCGCGCUGUGCCUCUGGCUGCUGAGCGCCUGCCGCCCUCGCGACGGGCUCGAAGCGGCUGCUGUGCUGCGGGCGGCGGGGGCAGGGCCGGCCCGGAGCCCGCGGGGUGGCGGCGGAGGCGGGCGGACCCUCGGCCCGGCUGCGGGCGCCUCGGCCGUCCCGGGCGCCGCGGUGCCCGGGGCCCGCGUUGCGCGCCGCGCCGCCGGCUCUAACUUCAGGAACGGCUCGGUGGUGCCGCACCACUUCAUGAUGUCGCUCUACCGGAGCCUGGCAGGGAAGGCUCAGGCCGGAGUGGCCGCCGCCUCCGUCUCGGGCCACAGCCGCGCCGACACCAUCACCGGCUUUGCAGACCGGGCCAUCCAAGACGACUCGGCAGCCGAGAGCGGCCAGAGCUUCGUGUUUGACGUGUCCAGCCUUCCCAACGCCGACGAGGUGGUGGGCGCCGAGUUGCGGGUGCUGCGCCGCGAGUCCCUGGAGCCCGGGCACAGCAUCGCGACUCGGCCGCCGCCACUGCUGCUGCUGUCCACGUGCCCGGGCGCCACCCGCGCCCCGCGCCUGCUGCACUCGCGGACCGCAGAGCCCCUGGACCGAGCGCGCUGGGAGGUGUUCGACGUGGGCGACGCCGUGCGGGACCACCACCGGGAAGCGCGAGCCACCCGCGCCUUCUGUCUCCUCUUGCACGCCGUGGCGGGUCCGGGAAAGAGCCCGCUCGCCGUGCGGCUGCUGGGCUUCGGCUGGCGCAGCGGCGGAGGCGCAGCGGCCGAGGAGGAACGAGCCUUGCUGGUCGUCUCCUCCCGCACACAGAGGAAGGAGAGCCUGUUCCGGGAGAUCCGCGCCCAGGCCCGAGCGCUCGGGGCCUCUUUGGCCGCGGAGCCGCCGCCGGACCCGGGACCCGGCGCCGGGUCAUCCAGGGUGGUUCUGGGUGGUCGCAGGCGACGGCGGACGGCGCUGACCGGGACGCGCGGACCGCAGGGCAGCGGCGGGGGCGCGGGCCGGGGCCACGGGCGCAGGGGCAGGAGCCGCUGUAGCCGGAAGCCGCUGCAUGUCGACUUCAAGGAGCUGGGCUGGGACGACUGGAUCAUCGCACCGCUGGACUACGAGGCGUACCACUGCGAGGGCGUUUGCGACUUCCCGCUGCGCUCGCACCUGGAGCCCACCAACCACGCCAUCAUUCAGACGUUGCUCAACUCCAUGGCGCCCGAGGCGGCGCCGGCCUCCUGCUGCGUGCCCGCACGCCUCAGCCCCAUUAGCAUCUUGUACAUCGACGCCGCCAACAACGUGGUCUACAAACAAUACGAAGACAUGGUGGUGGAGGCAUGCGGCUGCAGGUAGCGUGCGGGUCGCCGACGGGGCAGCCGCGCUGCUGAGGACACCCGCUGGAGAGCGGAUCGGGCCGGGCCGGUGGCCCCCAGUGGGCAUCGGACCCUGGCCCCCCGCACCAACCGCUUGGAGGAGCGCACGCGUUCGCACUGACACACACUCGCUCACGCACUUGCGGUGGACCGCGCCUGGCGGCCUAAGGAGAGCUGGUCCGCAGCUGCCAGAAGGCGCGGCCACGCAUGUUUUUCCGAACGGAUCUCCGUUGCACCCAGAGUCCCAUUUUGGGGAGAGGAAGGUGUUGGUGUGGAUGUGGCAGUCACAGGCACUAAAUCGGGUAGAAACGGGUUAGGUAGGGGAGCUCCAGGGUGGGUGCACGAGAGGGGCACGCAAUUGCGUUUUUGUUUGUGGUGGGGCGUGGAGUGGCGGAGUUCUACCCG